AUGAAGAGCCGCCCCGUCUUCCUCCGCGCUCUCCGCGUCCGCUCACUCCCGCCAUCCCGACAGCUCUCACUACCGCCCUUCGCCCGGCUACCCCAGCUCGCUCCUUCCCCUCAGAUCCGCCACCUCUCCUCCUCCCCACUUCUCCGGAAUGAAGGAGCCAAGGACAAGGCGGAAGGUAAGAAGCGCGGCCCGACGCCCGAGGAGGGCUCUGGACCGGUCCGAUCGCCGUUCGCUGUCUUUGCCGAGGUGCUCAAGGAGGAGAUCAGCAAGAAUAAGGCAUGGCAGCAGAAUGUGAAGCAGUUGCAGGGAGAUGUCGACAAGAUGGCGGAUAGUGCGGCGAUGAAGCGCGCGAGGGAUAUGUAUGAGCGUGCGAGGAUCGUCUCGAUGAUUCAGAAGAACCCGCGGAUACAGGCUUCUCUGGCGGAUAUGAAACGACGCGGAAUCUCCGUGUCCGAAGCGAUCAAUAGAUCCCUGGAGGACUCGGGCGUCAUCAAUGCCAUUCGAUCCUCGUACGGCCUCGUAUCGGAUGUAGCGACCCGUGCGACCCAGCCGGUGCGGGAUACAGCGGUGUACAAGGCGAUUGCGGCGAGUGUCGAGGAGGCGUUUGAGGAUGAGACGGGGAUGGGAUCGAGGUAUGGCGGGUACGAGGAAAAGGAGGAGAGGAGACGGAAGCGGGAGAUGAGGGCCAAGAAGGCAGGAAAGAACGUUACGCCCAGAGUCAAGGCCAACCCAGAGGCUGGUGAAGCUCUUGUUUUGACUGACUCAAAACCCUCCGCUCCAUCCCGCCUGUCCUUCCUGACAAAUUCCCCAACCUAUCAGCGCCUGCUUGAAAACUAUCAAGAAUCCGACUCCCCUCUCAUCUCCACCCUGCGCAGUAUCACAUCCACCGUCGGCUCGUGGUUUGACGAGAACGAGACGGCGCGGGUCAUUCGAGCGAUGAAGGAGCUGGAUCCGGACUUUAGAAUUGAUCGGUGGACGGGCGAGCUGAGAGAGUAUAUCGUGCCAGAAGUGGUGGAUGCGUAUUUGAGCGCGGAUCAGCAGGCGUUGAGGAAAUGGUGUGGUGAAGCUACCUUCAAUGUCCUCUGGGCCACCCUCUCCCAAUAUACAAAACAAGGCCUCGUCUCCCAGUCCCGUAUCCUCGACAUCAAGCACGUCGAUAUAUCCACCGGCAAGAUGCUCGAAAAUAACAUUGCCGUCUUUCUCGUAACGUUCGCGACGCAGGAGGUGGUGUGCUGGAAAAAGGCAAAGACGGGCGAGGUGGUGCUGGGCGAUGAGAAUGGGGUGGAGGCGUGCCGGUACGCGAUGGUGCUCACGAGGGAGGAGGCGGGGCUGGAGGACGAGGUGACGGGCGGGUGGAAGGUCGUGGAGAUGGCGAGAAGGGGAGGGAAGGGGGGUUUGUAG